UGCGCCCCGCACCUCGGGCCGUUAGGCUGAGCGCUCCGCUGCAGCUGGCGUCAGGAGCGGCCCGCCGAAAUCGGGGCGGGCGGGGGGGGGGGGGGGGGUCUUGUAACCGCUCCUCUCUGCCCUCGGCAGCCAAAGUCUGACGGAGAAGAGCCGCACGCUGUAACCCCGGGAAAGCAGGCGAGCGUCCUCUCUCAGGUCCUCUCCUCGGGCUGCCAAUUGUGAGCACAGUUUGAAAAGACAGCGUGAUGAUUAUUACAACUACCAUCUUCAUGCCAUUGGUGCAAUAGAUUUGCUUGGGAAUUAAUGCCAGGAGCCACUGCAUGCUCCGGGUGCAGCCUUAAUGUUGCACCAGGAUGUACCUCAGGUGGGUAUUUCCUAGUUUUCAGAGAUUUGAGCAUCACUUGGACUUGCCACUUGUUGCUGUCCUGGAAUGACAGCAGGAAUCCGAGGCAAACUUAACUUUGUAUUAACCAAGCACUUUGUCAGCAAAUUUAGGUGCUAAUUUAUUCAUGGUUGGCAUACUAAUGUGUUUAUAGUCCUUCUGCAAGGCCUUCACUGGGAGCAGUGGCAGCUGGACUCUGAUGUUAAGGUUCACGGGUAGGCACCAGCUCAAGCUGUUGCCCAGGAAACAGGGAAAAUUAAAUAAAACUGAGUGGUGCACAGUCAAAAACUUUCACAACCACAAGGGAUGUAUCAAAAAAAAACUUUAAUUGGAGUGAGAUAAUAAGAACAGGAAUAGGGAAGGGAAGGAGAGAAAGGAAGGAAAAGGGGAAGGAGAAGAAAGGAGAAGCUUCAUGAUGAACAUCUCUUUUUAGCAGAAAUGCUUCAAUACGAGAUACAUUUUCAAAUGCAAAUCGACUGUGUCCCAGGCUUCAGCCAUCAGGUUUUCAUGUGUAUCCAUUUGUAUUACAUGUGCUUCCAUGUGUAUAUGUAUCUUAAUCUGUGUGUUUAGUCAUGGGCCAGUAUUGGUAAAGAACAAGAAGAUGGUCUAUAAAGUAAAGGGUCUGUGUUUUAACCAUAAAGCACAACAUAUGCGUGCAGACAGAAUCCUGCAAGUGGACAAGAAAACUAUGAGUCAUUAUUACUCAAGAGGAUUAGCAGUUGCCUUGGUGCACCAGCAAUCUAACCCCAAUACAUUUUUUGGUAGGCUUUACAGGAAAAGAGAAUUUUGGGGAGGAAUCCAAAGGAGUAUAGUGAGAUGGCUGUGCAGGUGUUUAUGGGAAGCUCUUCCCACACACGAAGGGUAGCCUGGGAGAAAUGCAAAGCUAGUUAAUACAUGGACAUUGAAAGCUGGCAUUGUUGUCUGAUCAGACUUGCUUUUUAGAUCAAAUAAGAGAAAAUAGAUAAAAAUAUGCUAGAUAAUAAUAUAAUGAGAUGAGUGAGUUCUUGGGGCUGCAGGGUUUUUGAGCCUGAGGUCCUUAUACCUGGAGCAGUUUUGACUAAAGAAAUGUUACUAAUACAACUACAGAAUAACAUGCUGCAAAUACAUCUAGAUGGACGUUGGGUAUCUUGUGCUUAACUUGGUCACUUGUGUAGGUUUGAAAGGAUUUAUGUAGUACUUUGCAUAAAUGCUAUAAUGUCUUGCUGAUUGCUGUGGACUUUUUUGAGAUACAUCAUGUAGAUAGCAAUACAGGUGUCUUUUAUGACAUGCAAAGGAUCUUGCCAAGGAGUCUUCCAUUUGUAUCGUUCCAUCCAUAGCCUUGGCUUCCACCCUUUGUAGUGUGUUUUUCCAUGAGAUAGAGUGUGUGAAGGCGGGUUUAUCUCUUAAGUUUUUUACUUCCCAGCACCUGUAAGGGUACUCAAACUGACUAUGAGAACUCCAGCACAAAAUCUGCUAGAACAUUUUGGCAGGUGCUAUGUUACUUGCUCCUUAACAUGUCUCAUCUAAUAAAACAAGUCUGUUAUGAAAAUUUUCUUUCAUAAUUAGGUAUGUUAUUUUAGAAUGGCAAUUCAUCGUGCUGUCUGAAAGAGUCAGCGUCUGUCCUACACUUACAGGGUCUCUGUCUGCCUUACUUGUGACCAGGGAAUCUUACCAUCAACUUGAACUUUGGAUCAGGCCCUUAAGGAGUACCUGGGGAUUUACUGAGGCCAAGAAGUUUAGAAAUAUCUGGUUACUUAUUCAUUAAGUGGGAUUUUGCACUGUGUGUUGGCAUGAAGCCAAAUAACUUUUUUUUAUUAUUUUUUUCCCUCCAUGUGUGUGUCACUGUAUGGGUCAAAGGUCUUGCCACAGAGUUUCUACUCACAGAGGAAGAGACCUUUCCUGAUGGCUGCUAGUGAUGGCGUUGGGACCAGCUGUUGCUGAGGAACACAGUCUGAUGCUGUACAGUUGGUGUGGAUGACUACAGCUCAGAGUCUGAUGUGAUUAUUAUACCUUCAGCCCUGGACUUUGUCUCACAAGAUGAGAUGUUGACGCCUUUGGGAAGACUGGACAAGUACGCUGCAAGUGAGAACAUAUUUAACAGGCAAAUGGUGGCUCGAAGUUUGCUGGACACUUUGAAGGAAGUCAGUGAUGAUGAGAGAGAUUGUAUUGCUGUGUUGGAGAGAAUCAGCAGAUUAGCUGAUGAUUCAGAGCCAACAGUGCGGGCAGAACUGAUGGAACAGGUGCCUCAUAUUGCUAUGUUCUGUCAAGAAAACAGACCUUCAAUCCCAUAUGCUUUUUCCAAAUACUUACUGCCUAUUGUGGUACGAUACCUCGCAGACCAGAAUAACCAGGUAAGAAAAACAAGUCAGGCAGCAUUGUUAGUUCUGUUGGAGCAAGAACUCAUAGAGAGAUACGAUGUGGAGACCAAAGUAUGCCCUGUUCUGAUAGAUCUGACAGCUCCAGACAGCAAUGAUGAUGUGAAGACGGAAGCCGUGGCUAUAAUGUGCAAAAUGGCCUCCAUGGUGGGAAAGGACAUCACGGAAAGACUUGUUCUUCCUAGGUUUUGCGAGAUGUGCUGUGACUGCAGAAUGUUUCAUGUUCGUAAGGUAUGUGCAGCCAAUUUUGGAGAUAUCUGCAGUGUGGUUGGGCAGCAAGCUACUGAAGAAAUGCUGCUGCCGAGGUUUUUCCAGCUCUGCUCUGAUAAUGUGUGGGGAGUUAGAAAAGCCUGUGCUGAAUGCUUCAUGGCAGUUUCUUGUGCAACGUCACAGGAAGUCCGGAGGACAAAAUUGUCAACCCUUUUUAUUAAUUUGAUUAGUGAUCCUUCACGAUGGGUCCGCCAAGCUGCUUUUCAGUCUCUGGGGCCUUUCAUAUCAACUUUUGCUAAUCCAUCCAGCAGUGGCCAGUACUUUAAAGAAGAAGAUGGUAAAAACCCAGAAGGUUGUGGUUCUGCACAGGAAAACAGUGAACAAGUCAGGACUACAGAAGAUGUCACAAGAGAGGAUGAGCUCAACAGGACAGAGGAUUUGUCUUCACAUGUUGAUAAUGACCAUUUUGCAACAAAACUUGAAAAUGCCUUGGAAGAUCAAAAUACAGUGUCAAAUAACUCCCAGAGGGAAAGUGAUUUCCAGACUGAGUCAUCCUUCCAUUGCACUUUGUCUUCAGAAUCUUGUGGGGAAAUGGCUGACGAGAACGAGCGAAGUUCUCAUUGCUGUACAGCAGGUCUGCGGGAGGCUGGGCUGAAUUCACAGGAAACCUCUCUUUCAGAGCAGGAAUUGUACAACUCUUUCCAUUUCUGGAGGACUCCACUUCCUGAAAUAGAUAUUGACUUCGAGCUUCAGCAGACUUCUGAGAUAAUACUCGACAGAGAAUUUCAGGAACUCACUAUGCCAGUGUCUCCAAACAUUCCUAUGGCAACAAGGAAAGAAUUGGAAGAAAUGAUAGAAAAUUUGGAACCUCAUAUAGACGAUCCAGAUGUUAAAGCACAAGUGGAGGUGUUGUCUGCUGCACUCAGAGCAUCCAGUUUGGAUCCUCAAGAAGAGACAAUGGCCAGUGUCAGCAAGGGAACAGAAUCACAGACGGAACUAACCAUCAAUGACCAACAAAACUUUAAACCUAUACUGAGUGAUAUUGUGCCUUUAAUUGGUGACACUGUUGAGAAUAUGGAUUCUACACUUCACUAUAUUCAUAAUGAUUCAGAUUUGAGCACCAACAGUAGUUUCAGCCCUGAAGAAGAAAGAAAAUCCAAAGUACAGGAUGUUGUACCUCAAGCCUUGCUGGAUCAGUAUUUAUCUAUGACUGAUCCAUCUCGUGCACAAACAGUUGAUACUGAGAUUGCCAAACACUGUGCCUACAGCCUGCCAGGUGUGGCACUUACAUUAGGCAGACAGAAUUGGCACUGUUUGAAAGACACCUAUGAGACACUGGCAUCUGACAUGCAGUGGAAGGUUCGGCGGACACUAGCAUUUUCUAUACAUGAACUUGCAGUUAUCCUUGGAGACCAGCUUACAGCUGGAGAUUUAGUUCCUGUCUUCAAUGGCUUUUUAAAAGAUCUAGAUGAAGUCAGGAUAGGUGUGCUUAAACACUUGCAUGACUUUCUGAAGCUUCUUCAUCUUGACAAAAGACGAGAGUAUCUUUAUCAGCUUCAGGAAUUCCUAGUGACUGAUAACAGCAGGAACUGGCGUUUCCGUGCUGAGCUGGCUGAGCAACUGAUCUUGCUUCUAGAUCUGUACAGUGCCAGAGACAUUUAUGACUACUUGCGACCUAUCGCUUUCAGCCUCUGUGCAGACAAAGUGUCUUCUGUCCGUUGGAUUUCUUAUAAGCUGGUUAGUGAAAUGGUGAAAAAGCUGUACAUGGCUUCAACAUCAACUUUUGUGGUAGACCUCAUGAAUGAACUUGUUGAAAAGUUUUGUAGAUGCCGCAAAUGGUCUGGUCGACAAACUUUUGUCUUUAUUUGCCAGACUAUCAGUGAAGAUGACUGCCUGCCCAUGGACCAGUUUGCUGUGCAUCUGUUGCCGCACUUAUUACACUUGGCAUCUGACAGGGUUCCAAAUGUUCGAGUCCUGCUUGCAAAAACGUUAAAGCAAACCCUUUUAGAGAAAGAAUAUUUUCUAAAUUCUGCCAACUCGCAUCAAGAGGCUGUGGAACAAACAAUUAUGGUGCUUCAAAUGGAUGAUGACAGUGAUGUCAAAUAUUUUGCAAGCAUACACCCUGCCAGUACCAAAAUUGCAGAUGAUGCCAUGAGCACUGCUUCAUCAACUUAUUAAUAAGUUCUGAAUGUUGCUAUAAUUAAAAAAAAAUUAAACAAACUGUCCUCAAAUGCUUCUAAAAUGGUUGAUCUAGGACAACCUCUUUGGAAGGAGAGAUUUCUUGUCAGAUUUAACAGGUGGAUGUUAUGUAAACCUGAUACCAAGGAUUUUAAGUCAGGAAAAAUAAACAUACCUGUGUCAGCUUGACUUUAGAAAAACACUGCUCAGAGGAUUAUUUUUGCCACCGAAGCCUUAAAUCUUCUGUCUUCCUGAACAAAUGAAACUUGAAUUGGCAGAUCAUUUUCAUUGUAGAAAGGAUGUGAUUUCCAGAGACCUGCAUUGUUUCUCCUGAGGAGUUAACUUAGCAAGUAUUUUCUGUAGCAACUGAUAGAUGAAAUGGCCAGAAAGGCAAAUUUAUACCGGGAUGUAAGACCUCCAGUAUUAGCGAUAAAAGUUUUUAUCAUUCAAGGACUUGAUUUGUGUGCAGCUGGGCACACCCUUAAGUGGGAAUAGCUUUGAUGUUUGUAAAUGGGGAAAAGUAGAAAUUUGGAUUUCUCUUAAGGGCUCAGUGCUAACACUAAACUAGAAUUUGAUUUUAAUCCUUAAAUGCAGCAUAUUGCUGUACCCAUUAGCAAGAAAACUUUGCUGAGUACCUGUGUCCUAAUUAUUUUCAUGCUGGUCAUGACCUAAAGGAAAUUUAUUAGCACAUGUACUUUAAGUCAGGUAUUUUUAACUUGAUCAUGAUCGGCUCUGAGGUGCAACUUUUUUCUUCAUAUACUGUACAUAUCUGUGAGCCUCCUUGGAGUGCUGCAGUCUUUAAUCAUGUUGUUUAAAGCUGUUGUCAUACAAGUUGUUCUCUACUUGUCCAAAUAAAAUUUAUUAAUAAGAUUGAAAGCAAUCCUGUGACCUUUUUAAGACAUUAAAAGAAUAAGUUUGAAAUUUAA